GUACUCUAUCGAAUAAAAGGAAAAGAAAGGAAAAAAUUAAAAGAAGACGAAAAACACGAACCAAACCGAUCUUGGGCGGCGGGCGCGCGCACGCGCGUGUUUGCGUCCGCGUGCGUACCCGAGUGUGUGUGUAGCGCGCGCGCGCGCGUAGUGGGGAAGAGAGCAGUAGRAGUAGUAGUAGUAGUCGCCCGCAGUCACCGACGACGGCCUGCACCACUGCAGCGUGUGUGUGUUGUUAUUAUUGCACGUACGUAGGUUAGAUUAUUAUUAUUAUUAUUGCUAUUAUUGUUAUUGUUAUUAUUACUACUAUCUCUGCCCUACGACAACCACAAGGGAAAAGACGCUAGCCACCAACGAGCCCUAUAUGCACUUUUACAAACAUUUCCGGACCACCRGAAGAAUCGCUUUUGUCAAUAUCAUAUAGCACAUCCGCCGUAGAGGUAAGACCGCUCGUCAAUAUUAUUAUUAUUAUUAUUAUUAUUCGUAUUAUAAUAUUUAAACGGCGGUUGCGUAUUAUAUUAUUCACGCUGCUCGCGACAAAAAAACGUUUUCGGGGCACCCUUACCCCGCCACCCCCACUUGGCAAGUGCCUCCCCGUUAGGACCGCCUGCGCCCCCACUCCWCGCGCGAUGCACUCUUCGCCGGCGGUGCAACAGGGGCACCACCUUCGUCAGCAAAAGCAAAAGCAGCAGCAGCAGCUACAUCAACAGCAACAAAUACAACAGCAACAACAAUUGCAAUCUCCGUCCUCAAACAAUAACAACAACAAUAACAAUAACAACAAGGACGACAUGGCAAUGGGACAAUUAUUGCAGAGAUCGUUGCAGAACGUCGCCCUGUCGCUGCACACCACUUUCGUAUCGUCCCUACAACAGGCCGCACUCCUGCCACCCGACUCGCCGGUAGCCGCUGCGCUCAACAUGCAGGCCCUCGAUUCAUACAUCACGCUGCAGCGGCUGACCGCCGUGCCCCGUCAACCCGCAGUGACCGCAGUGACCAUCGACCGAGCGCACGCCGUCGGCAGCGUAAUGGUUAAACACGAAGUGUUGGAUGACGAAGACGACGACAGUGGCGGCGGUGGCAAAAGUGGCAAUCUGUCCUCGUUGGGCGCCGGAGACGACUACCUCGACGACCACGAUGACGACGACGACGACGACGACGACGACGACGACGACCAUCACCAUCAUGACGACAGGUCGAAGCCUUUGGACGGCAGCGGAAGUGCAGCAGCAAAAGCAACCGCUACGGCCGCCAUCGUCGUGACCGCCAGCAGGGGAGGCCGUCUCCCAGCGUUCUCCAAAGAGCUGUCCGGCCUGUCUCCCAGAGCCAACAGGCUGUCCGCCUCGUUGACCGCCGCCGCCGCCUCUGUCUGCAUCACGACACUCGUCGACGACGACACUSCAGUCACGGCUACUGCCGCCGACGAACCCAUCGCCAGCUUGCGACACCUGCACCACCACCAGGACAACAACAACGGACCCAUUCCCAGGCCCAAAAAACAGUUCAUCUGCCGGUUCUGCAACAGACACUUCACCAAGUCGUACAACCUUCUCAUACACGAGCGCACUCAUACGGACGAGCGGCCGUACUCGUGUGACAUUUGCAAAAAGGCCUUCAGGAGACAGGACCAUCUCAGGGAUCACAGGUACAUUCACUCCAAGGAGAAACCGUUCAAGUGUCUGGAGUGCGGCAAGGGAUUCUGCCAGUCACGCACGUUGGCCGUGCACAAGAUCCUCCACCUCGAGGAGUCGCCGCACAAGUGUCCGGUGUGCAGCCGGAGCUUCAACCAGCGGUCCAAUCUGAAGACGCACCUGUUGACGCACACGGACAUCAAACCGUACAACUGUCCGACGUGCAGCAAAGUGUUCCGCCGGAACUGCGAUCUACGCCGGCACAGCCUCACGCACAACCUGUCACCCGUGUCCGCCGCUGUCCAGCUGGCGUACGCCACGACCACCGAACUGCAGACAGCCAUCGCGCACGGUCGCGACAACGACGCGGCCGCGGACGACUGUGACCGCUGAUCUCAUUUUAUCUACGAAAAAUAAAAAAAUAAAUACAUUUUCUAGAAAAAAAGCGAACCCCUCCCCACCACCCCACCGCUCCGCAAACGGCGGUGUUAAGUUUUUAAUUAUGCAUCAUUUAAUAGGCAUCAUGAGCCGGAUACGCGAAAACGUUAUUAUUAUACGCUUGCGAAAGUUAAGCAUAUAAUUUUAUUCAUUUCUUUAGUUCGUCGAUGUAUAAAUACCUACAGAGUGGCCUAAUCGUGUCCCUCCGUUCAUGUAUAUAUAUAAUUUAUACAUAUGUAUAACCCGAUCCCUCUCGUUCGUACUAUUUAUGGUAUAUUAUUUUAAUUAUUAUUGCUAUUAUUUUUUCUACGUGAUUUAUAAUAUUACUCUACUCGCUAAAUUACAUUACGCAUUAUAUGUCAUACAUUUAUAAUUAUAAUAUGUUAUUAAAAAUUCGUCAUUACUACGGCACAGUAACCGCCCGUCUUCGUCUAAUCGUACUGUAAAACGUGUACAUAAUAAAGUAUAUUCAUAUUAUGUUA